UGUGAUCAACACAACCGUUAACUCCGCAAAUCUUAUUCCAUUUCCAUUUUCUGUUGGAGCGUGGAGGAAAUGGCAGCAGCAACAGUUUCCGUGGAACACGACCAGUUCUGUUGUUGCGUGUGCCUGGACGUUUUGAAAGACCCGGUGACGAUCCCCUGUGGACACAGCUAUUGUCUGGACUGUAUUGAUGGUCACUGGAACACGACCAAGCAGAAGGGCCCGUACAGCUGCCCUCAGUGCCGGCAGCUGUUUAAUCCCAGACCUCUGCUGAGCAGGAACACCGUUCUGACUGCACUGGUGGAACAGUUUCAGCGAAGCGGAUCUGAAGCUUCAGCCCAAACUUUGUCCAAACCAGGUGAUGUGAAAUGCAGCGUUUGUACGGGCGGAAAGAGCAAAGCUGUGAAGUCCUGCCUGGUUUGCUCGCAGUCGUACUGUGCGGCUCACCUGAGAGUCCACGAGGAACGCUUCCAUGGAAAGGCUCAUAAAGUGGUCCCAGCUUCAGGUCAGCCGAGGGAGAAGAUGCUCCCACCAGCUGAGAAGGAGGCUGUGUUGGUGGCAGAUGAGAAAACAAAACCACAGAUGGAUAAAAUAUUCAACCUACUGGAGCAGUGCAGGCUUGAGUCAUUCUACAAUCAGUUCCUUCAGCUGGGUGUAAAAGAUGUCAGAGAUUUGCUGGAUAGUGUGACAGAUGAAGAUCUACAUAACUUAGGUUUGAGUCGCGUGGAAAAGAAUCGUUUUGUGGCGUUGAAAAACUCCAUUCAACUACCCCAAGGUUCAAAUCGCCAAGUUCGAACUGUGGCAUCUGUGCAAAAAUCAAGGGAGGCAUUCUUCCUGCAGUACAAGUACCCUAAAUGUCCUCAACCAAAACAUAUUACAGAUAUGGAUCCAACUCAAAACACUGUUGAAGAUCUGAUGUUGAGGAUCUGUCAGCUUGAAAACGUGGGCAGCACCACAGGUGUCUGUCUCUACACAAUUGACGGGAUGCCCUUGACAGAUGAUUCUUUCUUCAACACGUGGUCCCUGAAAGAGAGAUACAUUCAAAGUGGAGAUAUGAUCUAUGCCAUUUUUACACCAAAGGAAAACCUGAAAUAUGCUCCUAAGACGCUCAAAGUUGAGUUUGUCGAAACACCUGGAGAGGAGGUUAUCCGAUGCCACAUCAUGCUCAGGGGAGACUUCGACGUGAUGGUGAACUUAAAAAGCGACACCAUAACCAGUCUUAGACUCAAGUUGGCAAAUGCAAGUGGAAUUCCAGCACACGUCCUUCAAUACAAAGGUCAACGUGAUGGAUGUGACAAACUGGAAAGCUGUGGAAUCUCUGAGGGGUCAACAGUUGCCUUCUCUUUAUACACAGAUGAUGGAAUUUUAUUCAAUGAUGCGUUCUUCAUUAAUGAUGUUGUGCCUUCAGUCCAGCAAACCCAGAAAGGAAGCAGUGUGUUCCUGUCCUCACUUUACGUUGUUAAAGAGCGUCAUUCAGAAAUACAAAAAUUAAUUGGUUACAUCCGAAGACUGACUGGAUGUAACCCUCUUGCCCAAAGUUUGAAUCAGCUACUCAGCAGGAAUGAAAGGAUGACAAGGAAUCAAAAGAUUUCAAUAGUUGAAGGCUUGUACGUGCUCUUCAGAGAGCUUUUGCCCCAACUUGGCUCAGACCGAGGGGAGACAGUCAUCAAGGACGUGCAUGUCUUUGAGAAUUCAUUGUACUGCUGGGCACAUCUCAUCUCAAGAGCAGAGCAACAAACAUCAGACUUUGAGAACUACGCAGAAGUCUUGCUCACAUCUCAAGACAGCAACCGUUUCUGUGAACCAGUGAGAGUGCCUGGAGUGCCAGGUGCCUUUGAACGAGCAUUCAUUCUCCAGAGAAUCAAAGAUGGGGUGAAAAUUCCAAACUGCACAGAAAAGAUUUUGCGAGAGACCUCAUUACAGAGAGCCACUGACAUUGAGAAAAUCCUGCUCAGCUUGCCUCCCUUCAUUAAGACCUAUCGUCUCUGGAUUAAUAGUGAAAAGACAACCGGUCAGAACUUUCAGGUCCAUGAACAGUUGACUUUUGGAGAAAUGGUUGAAAGAUUGAAGUCUUUCCCUCAUCUCAAUGUGACCCCACCCCUACAUCUGAAGAAGCUUGGAGAGAAUGAGGUCUGCCUUGUUCUGCUGAGUGAAGAUAACCUUGGUGUUUAUCUGCAUAAAAGCAAAGGAGCCACAGAUAUGAUCUUGGUGCACAACUGUCUGGAUGGCAAGAGCUUUGAAGUGGAUGUGAAUGUACUGGCGGCCAACACUGGUGACCAUAGAGAAGAUGGAUCAUUUGUCACAACUAGGACUCCAAAGGAAGCCAUUCUGGUCCUGAUAGAUACAAGCUCAUCCAUGGAUGAGGAGUGCUAUGGAAAUGAAGGGAUAAAGAAAAUGAAUGCUGUGAAGGAGCUCUUUGACAACUUUGCAUCAAGAAGCAUGGCUUAUGAUUUCCAUCAUAUCAUUGGCCUCGUGAAUUUUGACUCAAUGGUGAAAACUCUACACACAUUUACUGAAAACCUGGAAAAGUUCAAGGAGGUCAUCCGUAUCCUUCAACCGAAUGGAUGCACUCGGCUGUAUGAUGCCCUACAAUGGGGCUUGUCUGAGUUGGAAAAGGUCAAACCGAAGUUUCCAGAUUGUCGACUUCGCAUCAUCUGCCUCACUGAUGGAAAUGAUUUGGGAUCCUCAAUGAAGCCAGUUGCCAUUACAGCCAAGCUGUUAAAAUCUGACAUCGUUGUGGAUUCAAUCCUUCUUGGAAAUGUGAAGAACAAUAUGCUGCAUGGAAUCAGCAAUGCAACAGGCGGCUGCUGUUUCAAACCACAGACAAUCAAAGAGGGUUUGAAGCUCUUCGAGAUCGAGACAGUCCUGUCUUUGGAGCAGAGGAAACCAAAGAAAAAAAACUUGACUCGUCGUCUGUCAGUAAGCAUACUUUAAUGAGUAUCUUUGCAACUACCGGAUAUGAUGAGUAUCCAGAUCCAUCCUUGCCAACCCAGC